AUGUCUUAUUCAUUUUUUGGCGGUUUUCCUAACCUAGCCGAUUUGUCUUCCAUUCUUUUCCCUUUCGACCUAACCCUACCCGCUCUCCAUCCAACAUCCAUCCCAUCACUCUUCUUCUUAGUUGUUUUCCUUUCCCCCUCCAGGCGAUCUCAGGGGCCGACAUCUGCAGCUGCAGUAGUCGUAGGACCCUGUGAGAUUCGCCCGUCCGAAAUGAGACGAAGAAAGGUGCCUUCUCCUCUAAAUUUAAAUACAAGUAAGUCAGCCAUUUUUUUUUCCUUCCUGUCUAUCUCUUUGGUCUCUCUCUUCGCCCCAUUAUAUUUUGCUGUUUUAGCUUUUUGGCUUUCUUUUCUCUUUAUAUUUCACCGAAGCAAGCCAAAAUGUAUGGUGCAUUCUAAGCUGAACCUGUUGCAUUUUAUUGAAAAAUAUCUAUCUAUCUAUCUAUCUAUCUAUCUAUCUAUCAUUAUUAUUAUUAUUAUAGUUAAAGCAUAUCAUAAAUAA